AUGGCAAUGAAAGCACCAUCGCUAUCAUGCUUGCGAGUGCUUCGUGCACUAGUCACACCGCAAAGCAAUUCACUCUGCCUCUCAGCAACACGCAAUUAUGCUACCGAACCAACACCUCCGCCCACCAAGCCCACCCGACCCACGACAUACAAACCGCGCGAGGAAAAGGAUCCAGAUGAGGAUCCCGUACCAAAACCCCUGGGCCGACCAAUCGGAGUACCGCGUCCACCUCGAGCUGGCGAAAAUACUGGUAUCGACGAUCGCAGCUGGAAAGAACGCAGAGAUGAUUUUGUGGACUACGACAAGCAUUUGAAGCGCCGCAAGAAGCUGAGCGAUACACUGUACCGUCCUUACUUCCGCGACUUCAGUGCUAUGCGCCACUUCAAGGGAAAGACAUUCAUUGCGCCGCAGUCCGUCUUCAAAGCCGACCAUGCCCUCUGGUUCCCCAACCUGCGUGGUCGCACCAUAGAAAAGGACUCUACCAAGAAUGCAGAGAAGAAGGAUCUGGUACAUGCAUUGAGAGGCAAGGUCAGCGUCCUUGGCAUCUUCUCGUCUGGAUGGGCAGAGAACCAAGUCGCAACUUUCUGCUCAAAAGACAAGAACCCAGAGCUGCAUGAGGUACUGGAACAAGAGAAAUCUAGAGGCAAAGCAGGACUCGCACAGCUGGUUGAGAUCAACCAUGAACCCAAUGCGCUGAAGUGGUGGAUUCUACGGGCAUUUGCGGGCAGAUUGAGAAGUAUGCGCCCCAAGCAGGACUGGAGCAAGUACUUCUUGAUCAGACGUGGCAUCGACGAUGACAUGAGAGAAGCCAUCGGCCUGUUGAACAGCAAGGUUGGCUACGUCUACCUGAUCGACACAGAGUGCAAGAUUCGUUGGGCUGGCAGUGCUAUUGCCCAUGAACUUGAGCAGGAGAGUCUGGUCAGGAACCUGAAGAGAGUUCUCGCUGAGACACGAAAGCCAACGGGAUCAGCAAAAGCUGAGAGAGCCGACAGUGUGUUGGAGGCAGACGUUGAUUCCGCACCUCAUGCAGCUCAAUAG